GUGGCCGCACGAACACAUUUAUCACACCGAGGCUGUGCCAGACGCACAUGGGAUCCGUCCUGCGUACCCGGGGAUCUUCAGCACCCGCAGCCGAGCGGAGGGCACCCUGAGCCCCGGAGAGGAGCAGCGCUCACCCUGCCCGGACUCUCCCACUGACACAACACACGCACAACAACAAAACAGCCAGUGCACAUUUGCGAGUUUUUUUUUUUUUUUUUUUUCCCUCCCCGAGAGGCUCGCUGAGACACUGUGUUAUUUAUUUAUAUCGUGCGUGAGCCUGACAGUCAGCCGCGGCGGACGAGCUGCGUCUUAGCGCGGAGAGGUCGGACUUCUUUGGCUCGGGGGGGGGGAAACACACCAAAACACACGCGAAAAGACUCCCGUCCUGUCGCCCCCGGUCUUUUAUUUCCUGUCAGUUUUUUUUUCUUUUUUUUUUUUUUCUUUUUUUUUUUGUUGCUCUCUUGCGAUUUAUUUCCUGCUGCCAAAAAAAAAAAAAAAAAAAAAAAAUCCCAGGAACCCCGGGACUGAGCUCCGUGCUCCGAGGAUGAAAGAAAACUAGAUCUGUGAUCGAGGCUUUGAGGUUGUUCUACUGGAUUUAUUUCGCUGUGGAGGAAAAAAGAGAUCCGGGAGCGGAGCGGUGCGCAAAAAAAGAAAGAAAAGAAAAAAAAAAGGAAAGAAAGAAAGCCGAGGUCUUCCUCCUCUCUUCUCUCCUCUUCCCUCCCUCUAUCUCCCCAUCUAUCAAUCUGUCUACCUAUCCUGUUCUGUCUAUCUAUCUCUGCAUUUGUUUCCCAUGUUUUUAGGUCCGUGAGAUUUUGCUAAAAUGCAUCAUCAACAGCGGAUGGCAGCUUUGGGAACAGACAAGGAACUGAGUGACUUACUGGAUUUCAGCGCGAUGCGAAACAGCGAUUUGAAAAUGUUCCCAACAUCCAUGAUGUUUUCCCCUCCUGUUAGCAGUGGAAAGAACGGGCCGACCUCCCUGGGGAGCGGACAUUUCUCCGGCUCAAAUAUGGAGGAGAGAACGGGCGCAGGGUCAUGGACGAGUGGAAGUCGUUCUUCUAAGAGUUAUGCAGAUGGGUCUCAGUACAUGGCAUCACAUGACAGCCUCUCACCUCCGUACACCAACUCCAGGCUAACAGGUAAAACAGACAGGAGUUCAUACUCGUACGGCAGAGAGUCCAACCCACACUGCCACCAGUCGAUACUGGGUGGCGAGUUGGGAUUGGGGAGUCCUAGCGCGGCGUCGCCAACCAAGCCGGCUGGUCAGUACUACCAGCACUACAGCUCCAACCCGCGGAGGAGAACACUGCCUAUGGACACCAUGGAGGUUCACACAAAAAAAGUGCGGAAGGUCCCUCCCGGCUUGCCGUCCUCAGUGUACGCUCCGUCUGCCAGUACAGCUGACUACAACAGGGACUCACCGGGCUAUCCCUCCUCCAAACCUCCCAGCUCUGGCUUCCCAAGCUCAUUCUUCAUGCCAGACGGCCACCACAGCGGCGAUCCCUGGAGCAGCAGUAGUAGCAGUAUGACCCAGCAGGGUUACCACAGCAGCAUGCUCGGGGGCGGGAACUCGACCCACGGCCCCGCCCAGAGUUCCUCCUACUGCGGGAUUCACCCUCAUGACAGAUUGAGCUACCCCUCGCACUCGUCUGCAGAUAUCAGCUCCAGCCUUCCUCCCAUGUCCAGCUUCCACCGAGGGGGAGGGAGCGGGAGUGGGGCCAAUCACUACAGCACCGCCUCUUGCACAGCCUCCACCAACGGCACAGACAGCAUCAUGGCUAACCGAGCGCAGAGCUCAGCAGCCAGCAGCUCUCAGACAGGAGACGCCUUAGGGAAAGCACUCGCAUCCAUCUACUCUCCAGACCACACGAACAACAGCUUCUCGUCCAAUCCCUCCACCCCGGUCGGCUCUCCACCCUCCCUCACAGCUGCCAGCUCAGCUGUCUGGUCGAGGAAUGGCGGGCAGGGAGCGUCAUCGCCAAACUAUGAAGCUCCACUGCACUCUCUGCAAAGUCGUAUCGAGGACCGUCUGGAGCGCCUGGACGAUGCCAUCCACGUACUGCGGAGCCACGCGGUGGGGCCGUCGACGGGUAUGGCCAGCGGGCACGGGGACAUGCACAACCUCAUCGGGGCGGCACAUACGCACAACGGCGCCAUGAGCGCCCUGAGCAGCGGGUACGGGACGGGACUGCUGUCGGCCAACAGACACUCCCUCAUGGUGGGCUCUCACAGAGAAGACGGCAGCGGCGUGGGCGGUUUGCGUGCAGGACACUCGAUGGCAGGUCAGGUGCCGGUGCCUCAGCUGCCCGUUCAGUCAGCCACCUCACCGGACCUCAACCAGCCCGACCCGUACCGCGCCCUGUCCGGAGGCCUCCAGGGCCAGAGCACCUCCUCCGUCAGCUCCGAGAUCAAGUCUGAGGACGAGGGCGACGAGAACCUCCUGCAGGACUCGAAGCCCCUGGACACCAAGAAGGAGGACUUGGACAACAAGGAUCUCAAAUCUAUUGAUAGGUCAAGAUCUAGCAACAACGACGACGAGGACCUGUCUCCAGAGCAGAAGAUGGAGCGGGAGAGGGAACGGAGGAUGGCCAACAACGCGCGGGAGCGCCUGCGCGUCCGCGACAUCAACGAGGCAUUCAAGGAGCUGGGCAGGAUGGUCCAGCUGCACCUGAAGAGCGACAAACCUCAGACCAAGUUACUGAUCCUGCACCAGGCCGUGGCCGUCAUUCUCAGUCUGGAGCAACAAGUCCGAGAGCGAAACCUGAACCCCAAGGCGGCCUGUCUGAAGCGCCGCGAGGAGGAGAAGGUCACCGUGGCAUCGGACGGUGCUCCCCUGUCAUUGGCCGCCGCGCACCAUGCUGCCGCCGCCAUGGGCGACGGGUCAAACCCCCUGGGACAAAUGUAAAACGCAGCAACAUCUCCUCCCCCCCUGAAUGGUCCAAGGUGCCAGAGUUCAUCAAGAUGAUGAGUGACCACUUCCUCUGACGGCGUUUCCAUGACAACCCGGCAAUCGAUCAAACCCGUUGUUGCUUCAGCCUGACCAAUCAGAUUCUCUGGAACUUCGGCCUGACCAAUCAGAUCAGCCUGUCUCUCUCCUCUCAUCUGUCGUCUCUGAUCCUCCUCAUUACCUUCGCCUCCUUUCUUCUGUCGAGAACACGAACUGCAGAGUCACAUUAGUCGCUUUCCCCACUUUGGCGUCUCCAGCUGAAGUGGACUGGACGCUACUUUGUGGGGACAUUCAAACGGCCACUGUAACAUUGCUGCUACAAAGUGGCAGUCUGUGGGAGCUGUUGACACAAAGUGACAGCAAUGGACAAACGUCUUUGGAAUCUCAUCAUCCAAGAAAUUCUUCUUCUUGUACUACUUGUUUUAUCAGCAUUCCCGGUUUUAAAGAACAAAAGGGUUCUAUAUAUAGUAUAUAUAUAUGAGAAAAGGAAAACAUGACAAAAAACUUUAAAAAGUGCAACUGGACACGGGCAGUGAGGAGGGUACAAGUUGGGGAGGGUUGUUCAGAAUGGAGCAAAACAUAUCACAAAGUGUUAAAGAGAUUCUUUUUUUUUUUUUUAAAAAAAAGCAACAUUGCGCAGCUGUUGUUGAACGCAGCUUCGGCGCGUCUGACUGAAUGGCAAUCUUAACGCCACACUGUGGAUGAAGCUGUGCCUGAUCUCCUCUUGGAUGCAAACCAGUCAGAUAGAUACAAGUGGAGAAGCAAAGCAAACCAUUGUUUUUCUUUUAAAGAACAGGAAAGUUCCAGGAAGCAUCAUGGAAGCAAGCUGCCCACUCACAAAUCCCCUUACGAGCCGCAUACUUUCACCGAUUGAAUUAUAAAUGAAAUCAAAGACAAUAUUAGGAAUCUGUUCCGACCCUUUUGCAGGAAUGAUCUGAACAAAAGUUUAGCUUGCAAAUGCUUUUUGACUAUCAUAGAUGCCUAGAAAGACUUGGGUUAAAGCAAGACAAACAAGGGCAACUCGUUCUUCCCCUUCUAAUGCAUUCCUUUGCAUUUACAAUAGAUUGUUGGUGUAAAAAAAAUAAAUCUGAACAUGUUUAUGUGUUUUUAUUAGUGUUUUAUGCUAAUAGCUACAGUGACUUUGUUUAACAACAGGCAGGCAGGAAGUUGUACGAACUGCGAACAGUUUAGUGUGAACGCGUGGGACAGUUAUACCCGAAUGACCCGUGUGUAUCUACCGAGAGGCAGAGAAUACCUAGAGAAUCAAUCAUUGAAUCAGUUAAUCAAUCAAUCAGUAAGUGACUUCAGAGGGAAUGGACUGUUUAAAUAACUGAAGGCAGAGGAGUUACAGAAGGCAGAAUCAUGCUGUAAUUAAAAAAAAAGUGUACUUCUAAAUCUAACAGGACGAAAGACUUUUCUUGACAUCGUCAUUUGUAGUGCAGAUGCAAAAACGAUGAGUGAAAGGAGGAGCUCCAGCAAACAUCCCAAAUCAAAGUCCUCUGUUAAAUAUUUGUCUGGAUGUGCAUAGCAGGCAGAAGUUGAAACGAUGUCCAGGCCUUUGCUGAAGUCGACCGAUUGCUGGGUAGAUGCUCGAGAGAAUGGACGGAUGUCAAAACUGUCCCUUAGACGGAUGGAGGGUGAGAGGGAAGAGGGCUGGCCUGAGCACUGAAGUGAAUUCUAUUCCACGUCUAGCACAUUCCCCUGCAUCGCGACCGCUCCACUUGAAUCGAGUGCUCUCGAUAUCCUGAAGGCCUGAGCUAUGAGGGUUUCGUGAGUCAUGGAAGGGUAUGGAGAGAAGCGAGGUUGAAGUGGGGACUAACGGAGAAUCAGGAGUUCUAAAGUGAUGGCGACACUGCAGGGGAAGCAAGGGAACAAUCAUCGGGGUGAGGGGUGUAUAAUUUCCUUCUAGGGGCCAAGCAGCGGUAGUCAAAACAUUCCCGUGUUGGAUUCAUUCGAUUCCCUCACUUCCUGGUUUAAUAUCUGGCUGAUCGUGACCCUAAAACUCUAACCCCGACCUCAGGCUUCCUUGCCCAGAAUAACAACCUUGGGGGACUUUCUGAUUGACAUAUGCUACCACCAUUAACUGCUUCAAAUGUCAUCAGCUUUCCAAUCCUUUGCUUGACGGUGUAGCGUCAGGAUCAGGGUUAGCGGCAGAACCAUUGCAGCACCCGUGCCAGAGGGUUUUACACUUUGACUGAUUUGGCAUUAGCAUUAGCUACAGUUGGCAGCACUUAGAUGCUUUGGGCCCCCAGAAUAAAGUGCGUAUUCUUGUAUGUAUCUGGAGUGUGGUUCGGCUGCAACGACUGGCCGAUAGAAAAUCAAUCACCAACAGUGUUGAUAAUCAUUUCAUUGUUUCAGUCAGUUUUCAAGCAAAAAGUUCAAACAUUUGCUGAUCCCAGCUCCUUAAAGCCAAGGAUUUGCAGAUUGUAUUUUUUCCUGUAGUGGUAGUAAACAGAGUCUUUGGGUUUUGGACUGUUGGUUGGAAAAAAGAAGCAUUAGAAGACAUCGCUGUGGGUUCUGGGAAAUUGUGAUGAGCAUUUUUCACUUUUUUUUUUUUUUGGCCUUUCAUAGACUAUUCGAUACGAUCAGACAUGACUGACGGGGUGACUGAUAUAUAUGUAAAUUUGAAACAUUUGUUAAAAACAGGCAAGUCUUGAUCAGUUGGAACCAGUUUAGUUGUCUAUAUCUGAGGGAGAUCCAAACCAGAAGUCUUCAAAUCGCUGCCCUCUGUACUUAGACUUACCAGGUUUCUCGAUAGAAGUGAAAGAGAAGUCAACAUUGACUUGGGAGUGUAAGAGGACUAGGAAAGAAAAAUGACAGGAUCAGAGCAUGGUGGGACUGGCAGAAAUAAAAGUCUAGGAACAACUAAUCAGAGCAAGAAAACGAUUGUUGGGUUGCUGUGCAUUAAGGUCAAAAGUAACUGGAAUACGUGUAAGAACAUCCAUUGUGCACUGGUGUCAAUGUGAAAGUCCCCUUUCUGUCUCGCCCCAGUUCGAGCCCUCCUUGAUUCAGGCCUGUGUUUAAUCCCCAGUCCCGGUGUUGUCUUCUCUGCUGACCCUAGCCUUAUGAGCCCUAAACCAGAGCCCCAGCCCCUCUCCCCAGCCUCUUGCCCCAACUAAGCGUUCCCACAGAUGCAAUUUGAACAUUCACAAUUCUACCAAUGUGCCUUUUUAGAGUUCAUAUCAUUCGAGUUGCCAGAGGAGGACAUUUACCUGGUCUUUUAAUAGGAUGCAAGCUUAGGGAAACCUGUUCUUAGUCGUUAGGUUCUAUGCAGUCAGGUUUUUUACCAGACCUGGGAAUUUAAAAAAAGCUAAAAAGGAAAAAAAAGUAUUUUUUGGAUAAAACAACUAAACUGUAUUUAAUGUACUGUACGCUUAUAUGUAAGUAGACAGCGUGUUCUGGCUUCGAGCCACUGAGACAGACGCUUGAUUUAGCAAGACAAGCCCCCGUCCCGAGUCCCUUCCGUCCCCCCAAGCCCUCCAUAACCCCCAACCCUUCUCUUUCAAGCCCCAGCCCUGUUUCCAUGGUGAACAACGCGUCUCUUCUUGUAUUAUAGCUUAUCAGCUUUUUAUCAAUAUUUGAUCGGCUUGUCCGUAAGCCAAUGUAGUCUUCAGUACAAAGUGUGUGGUCGUAUGUUGUAAAACAGAUUUUCUUUUGUUUUUUUCUCUCUCUCUCUCUUUUUUAAGGCGAAUCUUUUCUCUUAUUACUUUUUCUUUGUCUGUUCUGGUUUACAUGUCUAUUAUAGAAAAUGUAAAAAAAACAAAACAAAAACAAAGACAAAAAAACAACACAAUUCGCUAUCUGACAGCAUUGUUCUCUGUCGGUGGUCAUUUUGACGCGGUUAAAAUCCUACCCAAUCAACAGGAAGGCACGGAAACUGGAAAAGAAUCUAUUUGAAUAAAUCAAUCUAUAUAUAAAUGUACAAAAAAUAUAUACGAUAUAUAAGGAGGGUGCCAUUUUCUGUUAUUAUUUUUUAUUUUCUGUCGCAAAGGAGUGUUUGCUUGGGGAGGAUUUAUUUUCUCAAAGACUGAACUGGCAGAAGUUGGCGAGGCCCCUCAGUGUUAUAAAUUUUCAACUGACUUUGUUGUGUUCUCCGUUGUUGCCAUGACAACACCCUCUGACAAGUAUGGCGCCCUGCGCAGGACAAAAUGGGACCGGAGUUCCAUCAGCUCCAUUCACUGCUAUCUAUCCAAGGCAACAACACACAGACGUUUGUAAAUUGUAUGCAACAAAAUGGCAAACUUUACCAUUAUUUUGAAAUUGUGUAUGUAAAAGUUAUAUUUUUACAUGUAGACUGUUGUUAUUUUGUGUUUUAGAAAUAUGUUGUAUCGGUUUUUUUGUUAAAAGAUGAAAAAGUAAAAUUCAGUGUGUGUUGAAAAAAUGUGUCACAUUGAAAAUGUAGUGAGGUCAACAGUUCAGAAUCAUUUUUCUUUUUCUUUAUUUUUUAAUUUUUUUUUUUUUUCAACAUUAUGUUUAUUAUCUGUGGGGAACAUUUCCGAGGGGUUCGUCGGAGGAAUCAGAAAUCCUAAAAGAUAUAUGAUAUUUCUUUUAUUCUCCAUGCCUCAUGACAUUACCAUUUUUAAUUGUAUUUUUUGCAGAGAAAUGUGUAAAUAGUCAUAAAACAUUUUCUGUGGGGUUCCUGUGGGGUGAGGACUUGCCAGUAAGAGGUGAUGAUGAUGAACUUGUUUUGAUUUAUAGUGAGGUUGUAUUUGUCCAGUUAGUAGCCAGGUGCCAACUUUAAGUUUCGGUCAGUGGUGCUCAGUACUGUAUGUGGUUUUGGUUGCCGACCAUCUGAAGUGUAAGUCAAACUACUGUCUUUGCUCGCACCGAGAAUCACAUGUGACAGAGCCGGCAUAAGACUAUUUUUAACCACCAUGUGAAGAAUCCAUUUAGAUUUGUCGCAGAAAAAAAAGAAAAAAUCCUGGUAAGAAAGUUUGUUUUGAAAAUCCAACAAAAAGACCCAAAAAACGUGUUCUGUAAAAUGUUAUUCAGGAAGAUGAGAAAAAUGUAUAAAUCACAAGAAAUCAUAACACAAAAAAUAAACCUGGUUUUGUUAUGUACCUGAAAAAUGUGCUUAGGUAACCCCACAUUUUUUAUAUUAAAAAAUUGUUGUAACAUACUAUUUGUUAGAGGGUAAUUUGUUGCAAUAGUACCAUUUCAGAAACACUCUAUAUUGACCAGCAUAAUAAAAAAAUAUAUAUAAGGUAAAUUUGUAGUUAAUUAAUCAUUAGUUAAUAGUUAAUUCACCGUCAAAAUACAAUGCAGUGCUUUAUAAACCAUCUUAUAUUCAAUUGUGAAGGUUUGUAGACAUCAGUACAGUCACCAUCCAAAUAAUAUUUAUAAAUGGACUACACGGUAUUUAUAAAGUAUUACAAACAUCAGAUGAAGCUUUACAAUAAACAAUUGAUUAAUAAAUGGUUUGCAAAGCAAAGCCGUUAUCUCACUGAUAAAAACAAACAAACAGUGAAAUAACUGUUAACUAAGGUUUAAUUAAUCAUCAAUUUACCUUUAAUUACUGAUGGGUAUAAUGAGGUGACAAGAAAAUGUCAUGGGUGGUAUAACAAAAUCAGUGAUUUUAUUUUUAAACUGAUAAAUGACAAUUAAAACUGAACCGAGGCACCCAGAGAGAGUUCACAAAUUCAGUUCAGUGUGGUUCUGCGUGGUGGCGUUAGGCCGGCUCUGACUCCAGUGCAUCUAUUUCCUUCAAGAUGGGUUAUAAAUGUCGAUUCAGUGAAAGACCCUCAGCACCUGAUUCUAGAUUAAUAUAUGAACAUUUUUGUGAGAUUGGAGUGUUGCUAUUAUAAAAUGAAAUAAGUGGUCAGCAAACAAUCUUAUCAGCUAUUUCCCCAAAAAGAUAUCAGAACAUGUGCAAGGCAGUUUCAGUUGUUUUAAGUGUUUGCCAUUAAAAUUGAGCUUUUUGUCAAAAGGAAAAAAGCUGCUUUGAAUUGGACCUAGGUUAAACACUAGGAUUGAAUCUGUCAGUGUAAGUGCUAAAUGUGUUUUUUAAGUAAUGUUAUUUUUGUGAUGCUUCAUUUCAUAUUUUCUCUUUGUUGUAUAAUCAAGUCAUCUCCCGAAUUACAGUAUCUUCAUUUUUAUGUUACCCCUGAUGUUUCUAUUAGCCAAAAUGUUAACUUUUUCUUUCUUUUCCCUCCUUGUUGUACAUACACACCUCAUUUCUCUUUUUCAGUGACUGUGCCAUGAGCUUUGUAAUCUGUUACUCUGUACCAGUUUUACUGCAAUAAUGAGUUGAAUUCAAAACGGCCA